AUGGCGGGAAAGCUAAUUUACCUUGCUCAUACUCAUUCGGAUAUUGCAUAUGCUGUUAGAGUGGUAAGUCAAUUCAUGUAUCAACCGCAAGAAGAACACAUGGAUACAGUUUUAAGAAUUGUCAGAUAUCUCAAAGGAACUACUGGUCAUGGGGUUCUGUUCAAAGCAAAUGGUCAUCUUAGUAUUCAAAUUUAUACAGAUGCUGAUUGGGUUGGAGACAAAGGAAACAGAAGAUCUACAUCAAGAUAUUUCUCUAUUAUCAGAGGGAAUCUCGUCACAUGGAAGUGUAAAAAGCAAAAAGUUGUAUCUUUGUCAAGUGCUGAAGCAGAGUUUCAAGGUAUAUCUAAAGGCUUAGCCGAAGCCUUAUGGCUUAAUAAACUGAUGACAGAAUUAGGAUUUUCUCCUAAAGAAAGUAUCCAAAUUAUGAGUGACAAUGAAGCAGCCAUUCAAAUCUCAGAAAAUCCUGUAUAA